AUGGUCUUGGAAGUUUGCUGCACCUCAGACGCGCGUCUUUCCUCUGUUAAACCGAACGUUGGUAUCUAUUUGGCCGUUGCCGGCCGCUUAAUCUCAACCAGCUCUCAUGGAAUCGCAUCUAACCAGCAGACGUGUACAAACCCGCAUCUUGUAGCUGCAUCCUCAACAGCGGCGGCAGCUGGGAGAAUCUCCUAUAUUCUGGGUCUCAUGGGACCGUGCCUCGCUGUGGACACGGCUUGCUCUGCGUCCCUCGUCGCAUUACACUUGGCAAAUGUUGCGGUCUGGAAGCGUGAAUGCCUUAUGGCGUACCUCGCUUGGAGACCCUAUAGAAGUUGGUGCUGCUGUGAUGAGCCUAUGCCAGUCGGCAUCACACAGCACUAUGGUGCAAUGCGCCUCUUCCAAAGCAAACAUGGGACACUUGGAAGCUGGUGCAGGAGUCACUGGACUCGCCUCGUUGAUGUUGAUGCAACAUUGCUUCAAUUGAGUCUCUCCAAACGCUCAAUUAUGAUUGUCCAGUCUCUAGAAACUUCCCCAAGGAAACUUAUGGCAACUAGGUUAAAUCCUCAUGUGCGGUCUGCAUUAUCUCAUUUUCAUCUGGCAAUAGAAAAUGGGAGCUUAUUUUCCCGUCAAGGUCGGGUAACUUACUUGAUGCCACAAAAUGCGUACCAAGGGCGAGACUUCGCACACUUCUCAAAUGAUUCGGGGAUCAAAUUUCAAAUCCAGUUCCAAUUCAUCAGAGGCAGAUGA